AUGAGCUUCAACAUCGCAUCCGACGGUUCGCCUACACCUCGCAAGGGUCCCACUCGGUUCCCGGUACCAGGGUACCUCAGAAUCGACACUUCACCCGAGGCUUUGGGUCAGGCGGUAGGCAAAUUGAGUCUAGGCGGCUAUCCAUAUGCUUUGCAACGCGUCUUUGGCUCAGCGUUGACUUCCAAUACACAGGGCUUCAAGCGAUCACUUGGACCUUCUACCCUAGGCAAUCGACCGCUUCUGGAACCGCACAAUCCGCUCGAUGGUUACAAGAAGUCCAGCACAGAAGCCGAUGAGGAUCGAGCCAUAGUGGACUCAAUGUUGCAGCGCUUCAACAGGCACUCUCCUCUCCAUGAUCCGUACAGUUCUUCUAGUGGCUCUGUUUCCCUUACUCCAGCCACGGAAGAUUUCACGUCCACGCCACCCACGGAGAUGGAAAACUCAGUUGUCCUUGUCGAAGCUGUCGAGCUGCAGAAGCUGAAGUUUGAGCUACAGGAAGCUCGCAACGAAGUCAAUCGCGUAAACCAGGAGAUGCACAGCCAAAACGUAGCCCGAUCAACCAUGGAGCACCUCACGCAAUCGUCGGAGCCUGAUUAUGGUUACUCAGACGACAUCACCGAGCAGACUCUUGCAAGCCUACAGAACAAGUUCAACGCCUCGACCCAAGGCACAUACGGCUGGGGCAAUGGGUCUGCUCGUACAGCUCACGUGGGCAGCAAUGGAUUCGGAGCUCCCUACCCGACCCAGGGACAAGUACAGACCCGAACACAGUCCUCCCAGUCAAGCUAUCGUCGCACCGGCUACUUGAACGAGCCCACUCACUUUCCGCUUGACCAAAGCUUCCGUAGCACCAGCAGGGCAAGCAGCAUCAGCAACGUAAUGAAUAGUGGUAUGUCCAAUAGUAUGUAUACUGGCUCUAGCAAUGGCAUGGGCAUGGGUGUGGGCAAUAACUUGAGCAACCCGCCUACUCGUCCAAGCUCCGCAUUUGAUCCUGGAUACAAUCAAUACGCUCUGCCGCCAAUGUAUCCUAUUGGUCAUCCGACUCCAAUCGGCACCAUUUCCAGCAACUUAUCUGCGGACGCGAACGAGUUCAACUUCGCCAACAACAUGGGAUCUUCGCCGUGGAACACACAGGCCCAACCCGAGACUGGUACUACCCAGUACGUUCCCCCUGUCGAGCCGAUGAAUUACCGUCGUUUGUUGGACCGCAACAUGAGCUGCAACUGGAAAUACAUCGUUGACAAGAUCAUCUGCAACAACGAUCAGCAAGCUUCCAUCUUUCUCCAACAGAAGCUCAAGGUGGGCACUCCAGAACAGAAGUACGAAAUCGUCGAAGCGAUCAUUUCCCAAGCGUAUGCUUUGAUGAUCAACCGGUUCGGUAAUUUCCUCGUUCAGCGCUGCUUCGAACAUGGUACACAUGAUCAGGUAAUUGCCAUUGCUCAAGCUAUCCGUGGCAACACUCUUGCGCUGAGCAUGGAUGCUUUCGGUUGCCAUGUUAUUCAGAAAGCUUUCGACUGCGUCCCCGAGGAGUACAAGGCAACCAUGGUCCAUGAGCUUCUCCGUCGCAUUCCAGAAACCGUAAUCCACCGCUAUGCUUGCCAUGUCUGGCAGAAGCUAUUCGAGCUUCGUUGGAGUGACUCUCCACCUCAGAUCAUGCGCUACGUCAACGAGGCCCUUCGCGGUAUGUGGCAUGAGGUCGCGUUGGGCGAGACCGGUAGUCUUGUGGUCCAGAACAUCUUCGAGAAUUGUCUGGAAGAAGACAAGCGUCCCUGCAUCAACGAGGUAUUGGCCAGCAUCGAUGUGAUUGCACAUGGACAGUUUGGAAACUGGUGCAUUCAGCACAUUUGCGAGCAUGGUGCGCCGGCUGAUCGUAGUCGAGCAAUUGAGCACAUUCUUCGCUUUAGCACGGAGUACAGCAUGGAUCAAUAUGCCUCCAAGGUCAUCGAGAAAUGCCUCAAGAUUGGUGGCAGCGAGUUUCUAGACCGUUAUCUCGAUCGUGUUUGCGAGGCUCGCCCUGACCGUCCACGGAUGCCUUUGAUUGACAUUGCGGGUGAUCAGUUCGGUAACUAUCUCAUCCAGUACAUCCUGACCAACAGCAGCUCUCAGCAUCGUGAGCUUGUCGGUGGCCAUAUUCGGAAGCAUAUGGUUUCACUUCGCGGUUCCAAGUACGGCUCCCGUGUUGCGAUGCUCUGCUGCAACCCUGCCCUUACUACGCGCCCCGGGCCCCCAGCUGGUAUGCUCCCACGCUACGGCAACCCGACGUCGCGACCCACUUUUGGCUCUUUUCGGUAG